GACUAGACUGAGCUGGGAGGGACUGUCAGUCAGGGACAGGUUUUCUCUUCAAGAUGGCUGCUGGUCCUAGCAGUAAGUUAGAAGAGCUUGAGGAUCGUUUAGAAUCCUUUAUUGAGAACCUCAGGGUAGUGGGGGUAAUAGCUGGCAACUUUCAACAAAAUGGACAGGGAGUUCUUAACGAGCGACUUAAUACUGCUGUGGAACAUAUGAGAAUGUUGGACAGGGAGAAAGACAAUUUUAGUGACAUUGAUAUACCAGUACAAGUACUGAAUUACGUUGAUGAUGGUCGUAAUCCUGAUCUAUUCACGCAGCAUCAGUUAGAAAAGACACUUGGGGACUAUCAAGCAGUUCAAAGGAAGACAGAAACAUAUAAAAUGUUCCGUGAUGAGCUAGUGAGACAGCUGGAGUCAUCUUUCCCUGUCGAAGUGAACGCUUAUCUCGCUCACAGACAAAUGACACGUCCUUCAUCAUGACACUAAUUCAUGUGUAUACACAUGUAGAUCUACUUCUUCCUUUUAUCUUUCUCUUGUCUUCGUUUUGUGUGUCAUAUACUUACGAUUCUAAUAUCAAUUCUUCAAGUUCAAUCUAUAUAGUGAUGUAAUAUAUGGAUUCCAUGUUUGUUACUAAUAAAGGUCA